GUGGCAGGAGAGUAAUCAGAGUUGUUGGUCCUGUGUGAGGCUCACAAUGGGGACAAUACUUAUAUGUAUCUGCAUGCUUCUUGGACAUUUUAUUUCUGCUCAGCCUGCAAUAAAAUUUCAGGAUGCCACAAUUUCCCAGGAUUUUUCAGGAUUUUUUGACAAUUUCAUGCAUUUUCCAUUUGACAGAAAUUUUGACAUCCCUCCCUAUGACCCCUUCUUCAGCUCCUGGCGGACCUGGACCCCUGACUUUAGCAUGCUCACUGGAUUCCUUCCCUUCAUGAAGGCUCCUAGAGUACAGGUGUUUUGUGAUGAAUCACAGCUAACUGUGCUGGUUGACAAGAGAACCAACGGUUUCAAAUUGACUGGAGAGGAAAUACAGUUGGGUGAUCGCUGCUAUAGCAACAGAGACCUGCCACACCAGUUUGUCUUCACUUACGAUUUUGAUCAGUGUGGAACUACGCAGGUGAUGCAGAAUGGCUUUGAGGUGUUCAGCAACUCUCUGCACUUGAAUUUAAGGAAAACAUUUCCUUCCUGGUGGCAAGUUCCGUCCACAAUCUACGUCUCGUGCAUCCCAACAAGAUCAUAUUAUAAUCCAAAUUCCUUGGUUUCAACGUCCCGUGUGAAUGAGAAGAGCUUUCAUAUGAAGGCCAUGACUUCGUCCUGGACCAGCACAGCAGACUCAAAUAUCUACAAAAGAGGUCAGGUUGUCAACCUCCAGGUUUCUGCCGAAAUGAGGCCAGAUGAGAAGCUCUUCAUCCAGUCCUGCUAUGUCUCUGCAUCCCCUGAGCCCCAAACAAGACCCAGGCAUGCAGUCAUAAUGAACAAAGGGUGCACAUCCCCUUUAGGGUCUCCCCAUGCUGUUGUCCAAUUCGUGGCCUCCAACAAAGCAGGCGUAGUUAACUUUGUUCUGAACACAUCCUAUCUUAUUUCUGAGCUGUACAUCCACUGCAGUGUGCUCCUCUCAGACCAGGGCAUCACCUCUGGCUCUAAAUCCUGCAACUACAAUGCGAUCCAAUCGAGAUGGGAAGAACUAAGUGGUGAUGUAGCGGUGUGCGAUUGCUGUAAAUCCAAGUGUAAAGGCUUGUCAGUCAACAACCUUCCUAAUGGUGCAAAGGCUAUAGUCAGCUCUGGUCCUGUAGUCAUUGUGGACAGAGACAGGAGUUCUGCACCUCCAGUCUCUGAACCACAAGAAACCUCCAGCAACCCUGCUUCCAUCACCAUGCGGUCCAGUGUUCCUGAUCUUACUGAAGACGUGAUCGUUGCUGGUAGUUCUGUAUCUAGAAGCCUCCCACAGGGUGUAGUGGUUGUGAGUCAGGACCCAGCUUCCAGGCUGACGCUGUGGCUGCCUGAAGAGCUACAGGAUAAUGAAUAUGAAACUGGCUCUCAAAGUUUGACAGUUGAGUUGCAUCCGAGUGCCGACAUACUGGAUGAUGAUCCUAAGCUGCAGCCUUCAACCACAGAUCAAAAGUCUAAUCUGAAACCGUCCACAAACGAGAUUGAAAGUGAAAAUUCAAAUGAAGCUUCUGUGUCAGGCCUGAACUUGCUUACAAUGGUUGAGGGAUGGUCAAUUCCUCCACAGCUAGACAAGACAGUCAGCUCAGAGGAGUUCAGAAGGAAAAAAAGACUCGAAACAUCUGGGAAGUUUGGAACAAAAGCAGCACAAAUGGACUUGUCUCUGCCAGCUGAGAUUAAUGUAAAUUACCUUGUGUUGGUUGAAAAGCCGAAUCCAGCAGAAGCAGAAAACGCAGCUAUCGCAGAGGAAUCUCAAAGGAAAAGAUGGUUUCCAGCUGAAACUGUUGUAAAUUAUCUUGACCAUAUGAGAGAUGAGCUGGCUGAAAUGCAGCUGGAUGCAGACGUGAUGACAGAACAGGGAACAAAUGAUGACCAGCCAAUAAUUCGCUCAAAACUUGAGUUCUCCAAAGGUUCGGACGGGUCGCAGUCGCUCAGUUAUGAGGAAGAAGUGGUGAAGCAACAAGAGGAGCCCAAGAGAAAACAGAAGCGUGGACUAAAGGGGAUGCGCUCAACUUUCCUGCAAUUGUUGAGGAGGAUGGACAAAGCAGAGUAACUGCAGCUUUAGGAGAUAAUUUCAUGAUACUUUAAUUUAAUAAAGUUUCUCAAUUAUCCAGCUGUUGGUUUAUUUUAACAUUUGAAUAAGAUUCACAAGUUUUCCCAUGAAAUAAAGGAAGUCAUGUCAACCAA